AUGAAGGCUUCUUCGGUAGCCCUUACGGGGCUGCUUGUAGCGGGACUCGCACUGACGUCGCCAAUUCAGCUGGACUCCGAAGUAGUCCACUUCCGAGGCCCGUUUGAAGUCAAUUCCGAAUCCGUCCAUAACAUUCACGUGGAGUUCGACGAAUCUUGGGAAGGAGAACUUCGCCUCGUGCAUGGAGAAUGCGACCUGGAAGACGCCCGACAUAGUCACCACGAAAUUGCUGUUACGGCUGUCCAGCGAGAUUGUUUUCCUGACCGGUUUGUUUGGAUAGUCCCAAGCGACGCCAUCCCCCAUGGCUGCAUUCACGCAUUUUCGGGAUCUGCUCUGGUCGGUCGCUCAAAUCCUAUCACUGUCUCCAAGUCUCUUCGUAAACGACAAAGCAUCGCAGAUGUUGCCGACACGUCAGGCCCUUGGUUUGACGGAGUGGCCUUUAUGCAGUCCAAAAACGUGACCGCGGCGUUCGUUGCUGAAGCCAAAAACCAAAAGAUAGCCAUCGUUGGUGGUGGCAUGUCCGGCCUCAUGACCAGUUUACUCCUUCAGUCCGUUGGGAUCACCAACUGGCACAUUAUCGAAUCGAGUCAUCGUGUCGGCGGUCGCGUCCGAACGAGAUACCUCAACCAUACCCGUCCAGACCAGUACCAGUAUCAGGAGAUGGGCCCGAUGAGAUUUCCCGUGUCGAUCAGAUAUCCGGACACGAAUGAGACACUUGAAAUCCAAGAUCACAAAAUGGUCUUCCAACUUGCAGACGUCCUAAACAAAAUGAAUAGCAACGAUCAUCCCGAACUGGCUGUCAAUUUCAUCCCCUGGAUCCAAUCCAGUCCGAACGUGCCCGCCAACUCGCGUGGUUAUCGCCUACCGAAUGGCCGGAUCCCCAGUUCUGCACAAAUAGAGGCCAACUCUUCCCUGUCCAAUCCUGCUCCUGCUGCUCAUGACCCCGAAGCAGCCGAAACAGCAGAAGAAGCCUUGGAAGAAUUCGUGGAUGUGGACGAUGAGAAAAUCCGCGAGGCCGCCACAAAUGUUUACCAGGCCCAUAAACAAGCCAUUGAAGACGGCUUAUUCUAUUGGUCUGAAGCAAACUACAUCCGAUACUUCCUCGGCAUGGAUGCAAAUACUACCGACUAUGUAGCCGGCUCAGCCUACUCACCCAUGUGGGGAGAGAUCUACGACACGGUCUACUUCUCCGCCACGAGCUGGCGGACCAUCGACAAGGGACUGAGCAGCCUCCCGCGCGCCUUUAUGCCUCACAUCGCGAACAAGACCACGUUGGGCCGUAAAGUCGAAGGCAUGAGUUGGAACAACUCGACCGGGAAAAUCGCAGUGAAUUGGCGUGGUGAUCCGUUAGCCAUGGAACCCGAGAGUGAGGAAUACGACUAUGCCGUCGUCGCCGUGCCGUUCUCUAAAGUCCGACUCUGGCGCACACCUCCGUACUCGUCUCUCCUCACCCGCGCCAUCAGCUCCAUGAACUACCAACAGUCGUGCAAGGUUGCGUUACACUACGAAACUCGCUUCUGGGAACACAUGGAUCCGCCCAUCAUCGGCGGCUGCGGCAGCACCGACAUCCCUGGCAUCGGCUCUGUAUGCUACCCUUCAUAUAACAUCAAUGCCAGUGGGCCCGGAGUGAUCCUCGCGUCCUACUCAUCCGGCACAUCUGCCCGUUCUCUCGCCGCCCUCUCGGACAAGGAUCACGUUGGCCUCGUCCAGCGAGCCAUGGUCGAAGUUCACGGCGAGAUUGCUGCUGAGCAGUUCACCGGUGUGUACGACAGACAAUGCUGGGAAGUCGACGAACACCAGGCCGGAGCUUGGGCCUCGCCAUUCCUAGGUCAGCAAGAAUUAUACCUACCCGCGUACUAUAAUACGGAGUUCAACACGAUCUUUGUUGGUGAGCACACGAGUUAUACGCACGCGUGGAUCUUUUCGGCCCUGGAUUCGGCAGUGCGUGGUACGACGCAGCUUCUGCUUGAGCUCGGACUAGUGGAUGAGGCGAAGGGGAUCGUGGAUACUUGGAUGGGUAGAUGGAUAUCCAUAUGA